GGUGCGCGGCCGGCCUCCCGGCGCACUCCCAGAGGCUGGGGGGCCGGGGCUGGAGACGGGAAGCGGGCUCCCCGCCCGGGAUCUGCGCGGAUUGACAUGGGGCACGCCACGCCCCUGCCCCUCCCCGGGCCUCAGUUUCGCCGUCUGUGGAGGGGGCAGGGGUCUCCAAGCGCCCUCCUGCAAGGCACCUGCCGGACGCCGGCUCAUCUGGUAUUUCCUGAGCACCUGCGACGUCUUGGGUGCGAGACCCGGGCCGGAAUCGGACACGGCUCUGCCCUCUGAGAGGCUGCUUCCCGCGGUGGGAUUGGGGCGGGCAGUAAACACGUGAGCAAACAAGGAAACGUCAGAGGUGGGAGUGCCACGAGGAUUGGGAGGGGUGGGGCAUUGGAGAAAGUAUUCAGCCAAGCGGAGGUCUGCGGAAGGAAGCUGAAGGCAGGAAGAGCAGCAAGUAAAGAAAAACACAGGCUUGAUGUGUUUGACACGUGGCAGGGGGCCGCUGUGGCGGGUGCUGGGACCAGUGGCAGAAGAAUGAGGUUACAGAGGCCUUCCUUGUGGACCAGGCUGAGGAGCUGGGCUUAGCCUUAGGGCAUGAUCUGCUUCGUGUGCCAUCUCUCUGGCUGCUUUAUAGAUUCCAGGCCUUAGGGGCGAAAGAGGAAACAGGGAGACCAGUUAGACCAGUGGCAGUCAGCAGGUGAAAGAUAAUUGUGGCUUAGGCUGUGGUAGUGGGGUGGGAAUGGAGAGGAAGAGAAGUAGAGGGGUCAAGAAGCGUAUUGAAAGUGGAACUGACAGGACAGGAUUUGAGAAAUGACAGAAAUAAGUGGUCAAAGAUGACGUCAUCAUAGAUUUUUGGUUUUGGCUUAAGUAACCGAGUGUAUUAUGCUGGCAUUUACUAAAUGACUUUGGGAUAGAUUGGGAGCGUGAGAAAUAAUUACGAAAUCUUAGGGCAUCUUAAGUUUUAGAUAUUUGGAGUGCAGCUACCAAAUAGGCAGUUUGAUAUACGAGUCUGAUACAGAAAAGGUCAGGGCUGAUGUAAAGAAUUUAGAAAUCAUUGGCAAGUGGAUUGGGUAGGAUGAGAUUAUGUAGGGUAAGAUUUAAGAGAGAAGAGAAGCCAGGUUCCAAGCUUUAGGCACCCAAUUUUUAUAGAUUGAGUUGACAGGAAGGUGCCAGCAAAAAAGACCAAUAAAGAGUCCAGAGAAGCAGAAGAAAAACCAGGAGAAUGUGGUAUCGUGGCACCCAAGAGAAGGUUUUUUCUAGGAGGAGGAAGUGAUCCAUUGUGUAAGGUAAGAAUAGAGACUAAGCCGGCCCCGCACGGUGGCUCACGCCUGUAAUCCCAGGACUUUGGGAGGCCAAGGUGGGCAGAUCACCUGAGGUUGGGAGUUCGAGACCAGCCUGACCAACAUGGAGAAACCCCGUCUCCACUAAAAAUACAAAAUUAGCUGGGCAUGGUGGCACGUGCCUGUAUUCCCAGCUCCUCGGGAGCCUGAGGCCGGAGAAUCACUUGAACCCGGGAGGCGGAGGUUGGGGUGAGCCGAGAUCACGCCAUCGCACUCCAGCCUUGAAACUCCAUCUCAAAACAACAACAACAACAAAAAGAAUAGAGACUAAGCCUUCGAAGGGGCAGCAGGGAGGAGGGUGUGGUGACUCAUUGGAGCAGUGGAGAUGGGCUGAAGCGAGAGCAGGGGGUGAAGGAGUUGGACUGGCAGUGCGGGGUCCUCUGGGGAAGUUUCACUGUUAAGGGGACCAGGAGGGGAGUAAGCCUCUACCAUGAGCCAGCAUUUAAUACUGUACCUGAUGCCACUUUACAGUUGGAGAAACUGAGGCCAGAGGUCAAGUAACUUAGGGUCACACAGUAGUGAGUAGGGACACCAGGAUUUGAUUCUCAGUCUCUAACUCCAAAGCCCACACUCUUAAGCACUAAACCAUGCUGCCCAAGUUACAGUUAGGAAGAUGGAGGGAAGCAGGUGUGGCAGUGAUGCACCAGCCAGCCUUACCUUGAUGUGACUGCUGCCCCCAGCUAAGCUGCUCUCUGUGGAAAGUGGGGCAGAAUAUGGACUUUCCUUCCUGAGCAAAUGAGAUUUCAAAAAGAGUUGUUUACUCCUUUAAAUCUUGUUUCCCUCAUAAAAUAAGGGUGGGGACCUUUUCAGUUUCAUGUCUGUGUCUCCAGUGGUGGGCCUACAGGAGUGCUUAAUAAAUGCUCAUUAAGUGCCUAGAUGAUCUCCAAGGACCCUUCUAGCUGAGAUUUGGCUUUGUGUUUGGGCAUAGGUGACCUUCUGAAUCCCAAUAAGAAUAUGAGUUAAAUUUGAGACAGUGCUUCUUGUAGGCGGGGUAGCCAUAGGGACUUAUUGGAGGCAGGGGAACUGGGCCAGGUCUGUGAAGGAAGGUCAGCAUUUGAACAGUGGAGGGAGGGUGUUGCAGUGCUGCAGCUGGAAAUGCAGCAAAAGCAGGAACUGCAAGAAGUUGGUUAACAGAAGAGUGAACAGACUUCCCUGGCUUGGAAGCCACAGGAGGAGCCAUGAGGGAAGAGUGCUCGGAAGAAAGCUCUGUUAGUGCCAGCAUGUCCUGUGAGUGCCUGUCACAGGACAGGGUCAGCAGUGGUUCUCAACAGGGAGCAGGUUUGAUCCUCAGGUGACAUAUGGCAGUGUCUAGAGACAUUUCUUGGGUAUCACAACUUGGGAUGGGGGGAAAGAUGUGACAGGUGUCUGGUGGGUAUGGGCCAGGGGUGUUGCUAAACAUCCUGCCAUGUAGAGGAUGGGUCUUCUCACAAAGAAUUAUCUGUCCCCAAACAGCAGUAACGCCCAGGUUGAGAAACCCUGGCGUAGAGGAAAGAGUGUGGGUUUUGAGAUCUGUAGACGUAUGUUUGAGGCCCAUGCGCCCGCUUUGUUGGAGGAGCCUGAUGGUGGUGGUUGCAGGAGAAGUAGAGAGAACCGUGUAGGAGACUCCUGCAGUCAUUUGGGGAGAGGAUGGUGGCUGAGAUGGUAGUGGUGGAGUUCAGGACAUGUGCUCAUAUUUGGGAUAUUUCUGAAGAUAGAGCUGACGGUAUUUAUUGAUUGAAUGUGGGCUAAGGGGAAGAGAGGAAUCAGAUGAGCCUAAGGCUUUUGGCCUGAGCAACUAGGAGAGUGGUGGAGCCAUUUGCUGGGAUGGGAAGUAGGAAGAGGAGCAGGCUUGGAUGAAAGGGGGGUGUGGAAAACACGAGUUGGUUUCAGACACUCUAGAUGUGAGUGAGAUGCCUGAUAUUAGAUAUCUAAGGGAAGAAGAGGUUAGGUAGGCAUUGGAUAUUCUUCUGGAGUUCACAUGAAUCAGAGCCGGGGCAUAUAUUGGGGAAGACGUCAGCUUACAGAAGGCAUUUGAAGGAAUGAGAAUGCAUUAGGUCAGGUAGGAGUCUCAACUCAUUGGAUCUGACACCUCUUUUUUAUUACAAAUAUUUUGUAACAGUCCCUUUUAUUACCCUAAAAUGAAACAUAUGAUUAAUAAAAACUGCCUACACAUAAUUUUUUAAAAAUCAACAAAUGCAGCCGGGCGCGGUGGCUCACGCCUGUAAUCCCAGCACUUUGGGAGGCAAGGCGGGCGGAUCACCUGAGGUUGGGAGUUCGAGACCAGCCUGACCAACAUGGAGAAACCCCGUCUCUACUAAAAGUAUAAAAAAUUAGCUGGGUGUGGUGGUGCAUGCCUGUAAUCAGUCCAAGCUACUAGGGAGCCUGAGGCAGGAGAAUCGCUUGAACCUGGGAGGCGGAGCUUGUGGUGAGCCGAGAUUAUACCAUUGCAUUCCAGCCUGGGCAACAGGAGCGAAACUUCGUCUCAAAAAAAAAUAAAAUAAAAUAAAAAUAAAUAAAUCAACCAUGCCCUAUAACAUAAAAGGAAAGUAAUUGAUAGUAAAACAAAAUAUGUUUCAAUAUGUAAGUUUCUGGGCACAAUAGUGCUGGAAGUUGCAGUGAAGCUGUCCCUUCUGUGUGGACCCUCUAGGAGUGUGAUGGCCACAGACGCAGACUGACACAGCCGUGUUGUGUCGCACCUCGAAAACCACUAGUGCCUUUGCUGUAGAUGAUGUGGUUUUUCCAGAAUGGAAACUUUUGGUGCCAUUUUGAGACCAAUUUUGACCAUUUUCAGUUUCCCUUCAUUGUACAUAGGCGUCUUAUUCUUGGAAGUGUUAGUUCACAGCAGAACCAUGGAAACACUGCACUGUGUUUACAUGUAAACAGAGUUACAUUCUAGGUUCAGAUAAUUAUAAGCUAAUCUUUCACCUAUAUGGAUGUCAAAGUCGUGCGGGAUGCAGAGCAGUAAUUGGCUAUGUGGACUGCCCCUUCUUUAUCCCUGCUUACUGAACGCCAGGAGCAUAUCCCCAAAAUACCGCCACAGGUUUCCAAAGCUCCUCUGAAGACAACUGUAGCCCCAGAGAUUCAUUUGGACACAGCCAGCUCCCUGUUUGCCCCGGGGAGGGGAAAUAGUAACAUGAGUUCCAGAGUGCAGAAUGGAAUGUAACUGCUCCCUUCAGAAAUGUUGGGGUGGGAGAUGGAGAAUGUGUCUGAUCGUGAAGCCUAGGAAGGCUUCGAGAAGAAGGUGGCGUUUCAAUAGGAUGGGAAUGUCUCAAAGGAGGAUCUGUGGUUGGGGGGGCACCCAGAUGAAGCAGCAGGUAUCAUCACAUAACACUGGACCUGAGGCUCCUCCAGGCACAGACGGGUCUACCCGGCAUGCUCCGGGCACUCAUCAGGGUUGGCUGGAUUGACAGGGAGGCUGGGAGUGGUUUCAUUUGGCAAUACCGUAAGGCAGGCUCUGCUUCCAGGGAGUAGUGGUUACAGCCUGGUCUUACAGCGUUCCAGCCGUUAGAGUGUUGGUUUCCUUCUCCAUUUUUAACCCCUAAAGACCAGACCAGUCCCCUGAAAAAUCGCAUGCCUGCUCUCUGUCAGUCAUCAAACCAGACGGAGAACUUAAAGUACACCAGCUAUGCGUAAGGCCAGUGUGGUCUUACUGGUCCCUAUGUUUGUGCCGCUCGUAGCCUCUCAGGGGACACAGACAUUACUCAAAUCACACCCUGCACAAGUGCUAUGAAAGAGAAGUAGGAGAGCCGUGAAAGCCACAUGUAUCUCAGGGGACUGAUUCAGGGGAUGGGGUGGGGUUCCCUGAAGAGGUGACCUCUGAGCUGAAGAUAGGUAGGAUCGAUGAAGGACUGAAGGGUGGGUGCAGUGUUCGUUCAUUUCCUUCAGACAACGGGAAGAAAGCUGGUGUGUUUGGGGAGCUGAAAGGCGCCCAGUGGGGCCAGGUCCUGGAGAGCCUGUGGCUGAGAUUGGGAAGACCAGCAGGGCCAGAUCAGGCCAUGGGAGCCCAAAGAAGGGUCCUGGUCUUUAUCAGAAAAGCACUGGAAGCUGCUGAAGGGUUUUAAGCAGUGGCCUGACAUGAUCAGUUUGUGUUUUAAAAGGUCACUUUGGUGACAGUUCAUGGAGAAUAGCUUGAGGUGACAAGACAGCAGACAUGACAUGGGUCUCUGGGACUGCCUGUGCCGUUGUGGGCAGCCCCUCCAGAGCCCUGAGUCACGCAGCCUUCAGAGGCACCCAUGGCUACGAGAAGCACAGUCUCUGCCUGAGGCUCCAGAGUGGCCCUUUUUCCCCAGCAACAGACCUUGGGACCUGUGAGCGCUGCAUCCAGUUAACCAUGGGAAGGGUCAGCACCAGCCACCAGCCCCUUAGGUGAGGAAUCUGCCUGGGGCUCCGCUGAUGGUUCCGAAUCAUGGAGCUGCGGAGAGCUUCUCCAGCCAGGAGACGUUCUUGGUGAAAGCUGUGGUCUAACUCCACCGGCUCUUCCUGCACAUUGUAUUCAAGAGGGGUGCCUGCCCCCGCUGACUCAGGAGCUCCGGUGCUGCAGCCGCCACGAAUGGGGAGGUGGGCCCUCGAUGUGGCCUUUUUGUGGAAGGCGGUGUUGACCCUGGGGCUGGUGCUUCUCUACUACUGCUUCUCCAUCGGCAUCACCUUCUACAACAAAUGGCUGACAAAGAGCUUCCAUUUCCCCCUCUUCAUGACGAUGCUGCACCUGGCCGUGAUCUUCCUCUUCUCCGCCCUGUCCAGGGCACUGGUUCAGUGCUCCAGCCACAGGGCCCGUGUGGUGCUGAGCUGGGCUGACUACCUCAGAAGAGUGGCUCCCACAGCUCUGGCGACGGCGCUUGACGUGGGCCUGUCCAACUGGAGCUUCCUCUAUGUCACCGUCUCGCUGUACACAAUGACCAAAUCCUCAGCUGUCCUCUUCAUCUUGAUCUUCUCUCUGAUCUUCAAGCUGGAGGAGCUGCGCGCGGCACUGGUCCUGGUGGUCCUCCUCAUCGCCGGGGGUCUCUUCAUGUUCACCUACAAGUCCACACAGUUCAACAUGGAGGGCUUCGCCUUGGUGCUGGGGGCCUCGUUCAUCGGUGGCAUUCGCUGGACCCUCACCCAGAUGCUCCUGCAGAAGGCUGAACUCGGCCUCCAGAAUCCCAUCGACACCAUGUUCCACCUGCAGCCACUCAUGUUCCUGGGGCUCUUCCCUCUCUUUGCUGUAUUUGAAGGUCUCCAUUUGUCCACAUCUGAGAAAAUCUUCCGUUUCCAGGACACAGGGCUGCUCCUGCGGGUACUUGGGAGCCUCUUCCUUGGCGGGAUUCUCGCCUUUGGUUUGGGCUUCUCUGAGUUCCUCCUGGUCUCCAGAACCUCCAGCCUCACUCUCUCCAUUGCUGGCAUUUUUAAGGAAGUCUGCACUUUGCUGUUGGCAGCUCAUCUGCUGGGCGAUCAGAUCAGCCUCCUGAACUGGCUGGGCUUCGCCCUCUGCGUCUCGGGAAUAUCCCUCCAUGUUGCCCUCAAAGCCCUGCAUUCCAGAGGUGAUGGUGGCCCCAAGGCCUUGAAGGGGCUGGGCUCCAGCCCCGACCUGGAGCUGCUGCUCCGGAGCAGCCAGCGGGAGGAAGGUGACAAUGAGGAGGAGGAGUACUUUGUGGCCCAGGGGCAGCAGUGACCGGCCAGGGCAAAUGGCUUAGAAGCAGGCCACUCCCCAGCCUGCUGCCAGCACUCACUGUGCUCAAGCCGCUGGGGCUCUUCAUGGUAGCUGGGAGCUGUGGACGGGAGUCACCAGGUGGUGGGGCCAAGACAGGGACUCAUGACUUUUGCCCCUCCCUUCAGAGCCUGGACACACAAGGGGCGAGCACCAGGCCAGCCUGGGACUGGCCAGAGCUGGGCCCAAGCUGCGCCUGGCCAGAGCUGGGCCCAAACUGCGCUGGAAUCGCAGCAGGAGAGGGGAGUGGGCUGGUUCUUCCCACCACUUCCCAGGCUCUGACAGCCGAGACUCAUUUCCAAGGCACAGCAGCUUUCUAAAGGGACUGGGUUUGGACUGGGUUUUGGACCUCGAGGGGCUGGAGCUUCAUCACCUGGGCAGUGUCUUUUCUCAGAGAGCAGGUUUCUUUAUAGUUUGGAAAUAAAUGGUUCACGGUCCACUGGCCACCUUGUGUUGCUGGAGACGUGGGGGCAGGGAGGGGACAGUGUGGGCCUGGCCUCUCCUUUCCUUUCCCUGCCUGGGGCCUUCUUCAAAUGUCUGGUCUUAAGCCAGGCCUCCUUCGUUUUCUCUCUCCUGUUAGAACACCAGUCCCCUCCCCAGUGGGGCCCCACUGCACCUGCUGGCAGGAAAUAAAUGAAUGUUUACUGAGUACUGCA